UCUCACUGGGCCACAAUUCGUUCUGUUGUUCCAUUCUGACGUAGUUUAUUGUUUUUGUUGUGCACUCCGUGGCCUUCUUCAAACGCGGAUAUGCAUUUCUUCGAUAGUUCAGACGAUUCCAUUAACAGGAUAACGGAUGAUUUCGGAAGGCAUCGACUACAAGAUGUUUUAGAAGAGAAUGAAGACGAUAUAUUCGGUCGAUUUACAAAUUACAAUACCAACACAUACCGUAACAGAUAUUCCUCAAUUGGUAGCACUGCUUCAUCACUAGACGCUCUUUGGGACCUCCAUCCACAUCGAUUGAGCGAAGCUGGACUGAGCCGGCAUUCAGAUUCAAGCAACGUCUUAACCGAAGAUACCGACAGUUUCAUAAUUGGCCAAAGAGUUUGGGUUUCCGGUAACAAACCAGGACACAUUGCCUUUAUUGGCGAAACACAAUUCGCUCCCGGCGAUUGGGCUGGCAUAGCUUUAGAUGAACCAAUUGGUAAAAACGAUGGAUCCGUAGGUGGUAUUAGGUAUUUCCAAUGUGAGCCCAAAAAGGGUAUAUUUUCGAGAUUAACUCGAUUGACUAGGGAACCAUUAGAAGGUUUCAGUCCGGUUCACACACCUUCUCCCGUAAAUAUUAUCAGGAGGAGUCCCACUUCACCAACUGGUAGUAUCAAAAGUUUGGUGAGGUCGCCAGUAUCAAUAGCUGGUUCUAAUACAAGUUUAGCCUCGGCAGCUUCACACGCAGUAGACUAUAGGAUUGGCGAUAGAGUUAUUAUAAAAAGUGGCCAAGGUUCCAAAGUUGGUACCGUCAGAUAUAUGGGUGCUACAGAAUUUGCUGCUGGUGAUUGGGUGGGUGUUGAAUUGGACGAUCCUAGGGGUAAAAACGAUGGAUCGGUUAAUGGAAAAAGAUAUUUUGAAUGCCGUCCGAAUUUCGGUGUUUUCGUUCCGGUAACGAAAGUAAGCAAAUCGCCUUCCAAAAUUAGACCGGGCGCUUGUCAAAUCCAUAGUGGCGCUGGUUUGCCACCUAGCGGCAUAAGACGCGCAAACUCGAAAGAAUCUCUAGCGUCGAGUAUAUCUAUUACGAGUGCCACUUCGACAGCUAGAAGGGUAAGGCUCGGGGUGACGUCACUAAGCCCAAAGAAAUCUCCACCAAAAUCCAGUACUACUCCAAUUCCAACAAGAACAGCCUUGCAGGAUGUACUAAAAGAAAAGCAACAACAUAUAGAGCAACUCCUAAAAGAACGGGAGGAAGCAGAGCACAAACUGACUCUUGUAGAACAAGAGUACAAAAAGUAUCGAGAUGAAAAUGAGAGUAAAGCUGGAGAACCUGCAAAGUUAUUAGCCAAUUUACAUCAAGAAAUUAGUCAAUUAACUUCCCAAUUGGAAGAAGAGAAGCGGAAGAAUGAAGAUCUUCAGUUUAGAUUAGAAGAAACUGUGAUAUUUAAGGAUGAUUUAGAAACGAAACACGAAAAUGAAAAAACGAAAAUUAAAGAAUUAGAAGCACAAUUAUCUCACGAAAAGCAAAAAAUUGAUAAUUUAGAGGGUGAUGCCAAUAAACUAUUCGAAGCAGAAGAAAAUUUGAUAAAAUAUAAGGAAGAAACUGAACUUUUAAAACAACAACUACAAGACGCAAAAAAUAAAGAACUUUCGUUGGAAGGAAACCAAGCUAGCAUCUCUGUUUUAUUAACCUCGUUGCAUAAAGAGGUUGAUCAAUACAAAAUAGAUCUGGCAGAGAAAAAUGAUAUGAUCAAUGUACUUAAGCAAGAAAUUUCAACAGUUACAACCAACUUCAACAAACAGUUGGAAGACGUUUCAGGAAAAUAUUCCGAAUUAGAAACAUUAAUUAGUGUGAAAGAAGGAGAUUUAAAUAUUCUUAAAAAGGAGCUUGACCAAGCUCACAAAACAAUUGAAGAAAAAACUACAUCAAUAGCAAAUAUGGCAAACGACAAACUAUCUGUUGAAGCAAAUUUAGAAAAGGAAAUCGAUAAACUAAAAAUGGAACUGAGUGCAAAAAUAUUCGACUUAGAAAAUUACGAAGAACGAUUAAAAGGCCAAGAAUCAGAUUCAACUUCAAAAGGAACAGAAUUGGAAUCGCUACGUAAACUUUUAGAACAGAAAAAUAUCGAAAAAGAAGAUCUCAGUAAACAGUUAAUUAUACAUACUCAAAAUUUAGAAGAACUGAAUACUAAUUUAAAAUUAAAGGAAAAAGAAUUGUUUGAAAAUACAAACAAUUAUAAUGAACUUAAUGCUAAAUUUCAAGCGUUAUCAAACGAGUUAAGUAAAGUAAAUGCUAAAUUAAGUUCUAAAAUUGAAGAGCACGAAAAUAUUCUGAAAUCAAAAGAUUCCGAGAUAAUUAACCUUACCGAAAAUUUGAAUCUCAAAAACGAAGAAUAUACGCAGCAGCUAAAUACCCAAAACACAUUAAAAACAGACAAUGAAAAGUUAUUAAACGAAUUAAAUUCAUCAAAAACGAAUUUGGAACAGCUACAAAAGCAAUAUCAAGAAAAUUUAGAAUUACAGGAUACAAAAUUAAUAGAUGCUUCAAACAAACUUGCCGAACGAGAAACAGAACUAGCAAACCAGUUAUCCAAUUUCGAAAAUUUGAAACUUCAGCAUGAAACUAUUAAUAAACAAUUACAGACUUUACAAUCUGAAUUAACAGAAAAACAAAAUCAAUAUGACACUGUAAUAUCAGAGACAAACUCAAGUUUAAAGAAGUUAUCUGACACGCUUCAAGAAAAAGAAACCAGCUAUGACAAUCUCAAAAAAGAACUAGAUGAUACAAGUAAAAAAGUACAAGAUACAGAGUCAGAAUUACAAAUCGUAAAGAAAGAACAUGCCGAGUUAUCUUUGGUAAAAGCUACAGAAAUUGAAUCUCUAGCUAAGAGUGUUAAAGAAAAAGAAGAGUACAUACAGUCUUUACAAACCGAGCUACAAACCACAAAAAUCGAUUUAAAAUCAGUAACAACUAAUUUAGAGCAGUACCAGACCAAUGUAAGCGACGUAGAAGCAAAUUUGAAGAAAGAACGAGAUGAAAUAAAAGAAAUGUUAAAAAUCAAAAUUAAGGAAUUAGAAGAUACUAAAUCAGAAUUUAUCAACGUUACAACCGAUCAGAAUAAAGAAUUUGAAAAAGUAUCCACUGAAUUAGCUAGUAAAUUAAAAAUUAUUGAAAACCUCGAAACAGCAAUUCAAAAUUUAAAACAGGAAACCGAAUUAUCGACUAACUCUCUAAUUCAAUCUCAUAAAACGGAGCUAGCUAAUAAAGAAGAAAAAAUUGAAAAGCUAAUCUCCGAUAUUAAAAUAAAAGAAAACGAAAUUAGCAGCUGCACAAAUAAAUUAACAGACCUGGAAGUAACUAUUAAACAUAAAGACGAAGAAAUUAUAAAUACACGCAAGGAAUUAGAAGAAUUUAAUAAAAACAUUGAAGUAUCAUCUCAAACUUCUUCGAAAUUAAUAAAAGAAAUUGAAUCUCUUACUAAAACCAAUCAAGAGUAUCAUAAUCAAAAUGAUGAAUUACUCAAAUUAAUAGAAGAAAAAACAGAAUCAUUAAAACAUGUAGAUUCGGAAUUAUCUAAUAAAAAUUCGGAAGUAUCUGAUUUAACGGAUCAAUUGAAUCAAAAAACGAAUUUGAUUGAAACGUUACAGACAGAAUUGGCUUCGAAACAAAAAGAUUUAGAAACUUCUUUAAACGAUUUAAAAAAAUACCAAGGCGAUAGAAACGACAUCGAAUUAACUUUAACGAAAGAUAUUGAAGAACUAACUAAUACUUUGAAAGCAAAAAAUCAAGAAAUUGAAACAAUUACUGCAAGUUAUAACGACAAAAUAUCUCACUUAGAAGGAAGCUUGGCCGAAGCUAAUAGUAAUAUUUCGAAAAAAUCCGAAGAAAUAAAUGUAUUAAAAGAACAAAUCAAAGAGGUUUGUUCUAAUAACGAUGCUGCUAUUAAAGAACUUACAAAUAAAUAUACGAAAGAAUUUAGCGAAUUUGAAAUUCGCGUAUCCGAUUUAUUAACAGAUUUAGAAAAUAGAGAUGGUGAAAUUGCUAAAUUAAACGAUACAAUAAAUGCUGGCCAAAAAAGCAACAGUGAAAAAGACAACGAACUUACUCAAAUUAAAAAAGAAAUUUCGAUAUCUCAAGAGCAACACCAAACAGAUUUACAAACCAUUGAAAGCUUAAAAGACAAUAUGAAUAAACUGACUAACGAAAAUGAAAGUUUUAAAAAAGAAUUAAGUGAAUCCAAGAAUCAAAUUGUGAUAUUAUCCGAAGAUAAGGAAAAAUUAAAUUCUGAAAUUACCUCUUUAUCUAUGAACUCAGGAGAUGCUAGUAAAAAAAUAGCCGAGUUAUCGGAAGCUAUUAAAAAUAAAGAAAACGUUCUAGAGACUGAAAAGACACAGAAUCAAACUAAAAUAGAGGAAUUGCAAACUACUAUUAAAGAGCUUCAAACGAGAAACGAAAAUUUGAAGAAUUCCUUUGAACUUCAAAAAACGGAUUAUGAAGAUACGUGUCAAAUACAAGGACAGUUAGAAUCGGAAAUUCAAAAUAUGACAGCUAUAUUGACGCAGAAAUCUGCUAAACUCGAAGAAAUGCAAAAAAGCCUUGACAAGGCUCUUUCUGCGAUUUCAGAAAAGGAGAUCCAUCUCAGCUUACAAAGGAAAGAAACUACCAAACUGAAGGAUGAAUUAAACAAGGUACAAAUGCAACAGAAAUCUUCAAAAUCUAAUGGUUUUGUGGCUGCUUCAGGCGAUUCUAAUUCUGUACAAAGUAAUAACAAAAAUGACAUCAAACAGCUGCUGGAGGAAAAAUUGUUUGCCGAAAAUCAAGUGACUUUCCUAAACUCUAUUAUUGCUGAUAUGCAAAAGAAAAGCGAAGAACAAAAGGCAAGGAUUGAAAUUUUGGAGAUGGGCUACAGUUCUUCGGCGGCUGACGAAUUAACUUCACUUGGCUUCAAGCUUGAUUCCAAACAACCAGCCCCAAGAAUGUAUUGUGAUAUUUGUGAAGAAUUUGAUAUUCAUGAAACAGAAGAUUGCCCUACACAGGGAGAUGAUGAUGAACCAAUCAAUAAUAAUCAAACUAAAAAAGAUGCCAAAGAGAAACCACCUCCAAGACCUUACUGCACUUCAUGUGAAGUAUUUGGGCAUACAGAUGAAGAUUGCACUGAAGAUCAGGAAUUUUAGUAUAAAAUUUAUUUAUUACAUAGGAAAAAUUGUUACCUUAUUAAACAUGUAAAAACUGUUAAAGUUUUAGUAGUAAAUAAAAACUUAUAUUUUGGUAUA